GCCAAGCAAGGGCAGAGCGAACACAAUGGUGGACCACGAGUGCCAACGCUAGAUUCCGAUGUUGGUGUUGCAAUCACUCCGUUUCUGAAACAAAUUCCAGAACAAGGAAACAAAACGCGCUUGAAUCGAUCACCAAAAAGCAGGGGAAUACUCUUUCAUUUUCUUAGCAAUGGAGAAUGUGAUGGGACUUCUCAGAAUCAAAGUCAAGCGAGGCAUCAAUCUUGCUAUUCGUGAUGCCGUCAGCAGUGAUCCUUAUAUUGUCAUCACCAUGGCUCAUCAGAAACUUAAGACCAGCGUCGUGAAAAACAACUGCAAUCCUGAAUGGAAUGAUGAAUUGACUCUAUCGAUUUCAGAUCCUAAUAUUCCAAUCAAAUUAACUGUGUAUGACAAGGACACAUUUAGCGGAGACGACAAAAUGGGCGAUGCUGAGAUAGACAUUAAGCCAUAUCUAGCAAGUCUAAGGAUGGGCUUGCAGAACCUCCCAACUGGUUGUGUCGUCUCAAGAGUUCAGCCAACCAGACAGAACUGCCUAGCCGAUGAGAGCAGUAUUGUUUGGGAGAAUGGAAAAAUCAUCCAAUACAUGUGCCUGAGGCUGAACAAUGUAGAGUGUGGGGAGGUGGAGCUUCAGCUUGACUGGAUUGAAGUUGCAGGUUGUAAGGGUGUGGGAACUCAAGAUUUUGAAUGGAGAGAACAGUCAUUCAGAAAGAGGAGGCCACGCGAGUAACGGCAUCUAUCUGCCCUCUCCGGUGGGUUUAGAAAAGUGAGAUAUACAUUGCAGACUCUAUUGUGGCAGAAAUUUGAGUCAUUCUUGAUUUUUCUGGUGGCCAAGUGUUAAACUGAUUGUCAGUGAUAAACAUUUAAAUCCACCGUAAGAAGCCAUUGUAACUUUCUCAAUGACUGUUUCCAUACUUAAUUUAAUCUAUGCUUAGAGAGCAACAUACAAAAGUACAGACUUGCUGUCAUAUUCUAUGGAGAUUUGUUUUUAUUUUUUGUUCUCUAAGAAGCCUGUUUUUUUA